UUUAGGGUUUUCACAGCGGCCAAGUCUUCUCCUCUUUCUGUCACCAUGGGUCGUAUGCACAGCAGCGGUAAGGGUAUUUCAGCUUCAGCAAAGCCAUACAAGAGGACACCACCUACCUGGCUUAAGAUUUCUUCUCAAGAUGUUGAAGAUAACAUAUGCAAGUUUGCCAAGAAGGGUCUUACACCAUCUCAAAUAGGUGUUAUUCUUCGUGAUUCUCAUGGAAUUGCUCAGGUGAACAGUGUCACUGGAAGCAAGAUUCUUCGUAUUUUGAAGGGACAUGGGCUUGCUCCUGAAAUUCCUGAGGAUUUGUAUCACCUCAUUAAGAAAGCAGUCGCAAUCCGUAAGCACUUGGAGAGGAACAGGAAGGACAAGGACUCCAAGUUCAGGUUGAUUCUUGUUGAGAGCAGGAUUCAUCGUCUUGCUCGCUACUACAAGAAGACCAAGAAGCUGCCACCUGUCUGGAAAUACGAGUCGACCACUGCCAGCACCCUCGUGGCCUAGAGUAUAUGUCUCCUUGCACAAGCUGGAAGAAGAGCUUUUUUAUAUUUCAAAUGAGAAUCCUUUUCAUUAUGUAGCAUGAGUUUUUUUUUAAAUCUAUAUGACAUGUAUGCCAUUUUUUCUAUGUUGACCAAGUGCUCGAUUGACUUGUAGCAGUUUAUUGUUUACAAGUUCUGUUUUUGGAUCAAAA